AAAACCUGGCCCUUGGUCGUCCCCAGUUUCCCACCUUAGCAUGGCCUCCGUCAUUGUGGACACCGCCACAGCCACCGCAGACAGCGGCGGCUCCCUCGAAUCGGACUCGCUGCCGGUUGUGGAUCUUCGGCUCCUCUCCCAAUCGGAGCUAUAUUCUCUCUCUCUCUGCUCCUCCGCCGCCUUCGAUCCCCGCCGCUUUGACGACGUCGUCAUCCCUACCAUUGAUCGCUCCGUUUUCAACGAGUCCGCUGGCUCCCGCAAACAGACCUACUCGCGCCUCCGCCUCGCCCCGCCCUCAUCUUCCCCUUCCACCGUCUCCGCCCGCCGCCGCACCCUACAUCUACGUCCCGCCUCCUCCUCCUUCGCCGAUGUUAAUAGUUCCGAUCCCGAGAAUGCCCAGAUCGUUACCCUUCUCAAACAAUUGUUAUCCUUCAGGGAUAUGGACCCUGGGUCAUUGUUCAUGGUUAAGAUCGACUACACAAAUGGGGGCCUUGCAGGCCACAAACGGAAGCGUGGCCGCCCUCCUACGAAUGGAAAAUUGGAGUCGGCUGUGGUGGUUAGUGCGGACGGCGUGGAUGGGAAUUCUUCUCUGAGUGAGAUUCUCGUGCAUGAGGAGAAAGACGGGGAAGUCACAAACGCAGAUGGAGUGGCCGUGGAUUUGGCAGCAUUGGGUUCGGUAGAGCAUCCUUAUGAGGAGGAGAUGAAACGUAGGACCCACGGUUUGGAGACAGAGGAGGAAUUGUUGGAAUUUUUGAAAGGGUUGAGUGGACAGUGGGGAAGCAGGAGGAAGAAAAAGAGGAUUGUGGAUGCUAGUGAAUUUGGGACGGCACUUCCUGUCGGUUGGAAGCUUUUACUCUCCGUCAAGAAGAAGAAUGGCGGUGCGCAUCUGUAUUGUCGUCGCUACAUAAGCCCCAGUGGACUGCAUUUUGUGUCUUGCAAGGAAGUUUCUUUGUAUUUACUCUCUCUUCAAGGUGUCCAAGAUACAGCCACACAUAACUCUAUCCAGUAUAAUGGGAUUGACAGUGAUGAUAAAUUGACUUCUCGUGCAAUUUCAGAUACUACUAUUCAUGACGGCGGUGUAAAGGAUAACCCAACUUCCCAUGUGCCAUCUCCCACUCUCGGUUCCGCUUCCAGUAAUCAUGAGAUGCAAGUUGAAAUUGGUGCUGGAGUUUUGUUGGAGAGCAGUGUUGAAGAUAUUAUACAUUGCAACAAGUGCAACGCAAAUUUCAAGGGGAGAGAUGAAUUAUUGCAACAUGAAUCAUCUGUUCACUCAAGAAACAGACACAAAAAUUCCGUGCGCAUUACUGAUGGGGUGAUAAUCAAGGACGGGAAAUACGAGUGCCAAUUCUGUCAUAAGACAUUUUCCGAGAGGCGUCGGUAUAAUGGUCAUGUUGGUGCUGCCCAUGUGAGAUACCAAGCGAAGACUGCUGGAGAAUCACACACUGAGGCUGUUGAUCCUAGUUCAUUUGGCAGUUCAGAAGUUCGAGAGACUAUGGUUGAAGAGUCAAUAAAAUCUGAUAAUGCUGUCGUCAGUAAUAAUGCAUUGGACAUGUGUUCACCUUGCAAUAAAGAUAAUGGGCAUGCUGGAGAAAAUGAAGCUAAUGGCAAAAUGAGAGCUGCUAAUGAGCCUUCCGGUGUAGUUUCUGAAACAAAUACUUGUUCAGUUCCUGAGGUUAUCUUGUCUAGCAACGAGAACAAAUGUUUCCAUGAGGAUGUGCUCGUCAAUCAUAAUGCUUCAGACAAUAUUGAUGAUACCUCCAGUUUGCAGGUGAACUCUGGAAUCUUAAAUGCAUGCAUAGAGAAGCCCGAGCAAUGUACGGUAGGGGAACACAGCCUACCAGAUUCAAAUUAUCCUGCGGAAAAAUGUGAUGUUGGAAAUAUUAACCGUAACUGUCGGACAACGGAUGAGCUAAAACUUGAUCGUAAGGAUUUUGUAGAUAAUGGUUCUGUAUUUGAUUCGUUUGGAAGUCAUGUUGACCAGGACAAAGGCCUACUCAUUAGUUCACAGCAGCAUAGUGAUUUUGGAUACUUGACUUGUGAUGGUAAUUCCGGAAACACAUCAACCUCUGGAACAAUGACAUCUAUACUUACUGUAAAUCCUAAAGGCAGCACGCUAACCAGGGUUAAUGAGAAAGCACGUGUGGGUGAUAACAUCCCCAGCGUUGAUGGAACACUUGAUUUGGGGAAAUGUCAUGGUACUUUGAUAGAAGGUAAUGAUGACGUAAGUAGCCCCAAUGAGAUGCAGCAUGCGAUCAGCUCAGUCGUUUGGCCUUGUAACAAGAAAGAAAACGUCUCCAUGAAAGAUGACCCAAAGGCACUUGGUUCUCUUCUAAUAGAGACUGGGCCACAGAGCACAUCUACAAGAAUGCAUGUUGCUUUGUCUGUUCAGAAAGAUCUGUGUGGUAAUGCAAAUGACAAAGAUGAAGUGUGUGAAAGAAAGAUGGAGUCACCUAAAUUCGACAACCUUCAGAACUUUGCAGACAGUGAGUCAACUGAAGUUUUCAGUAGGAGUUGUACUGGUUUGAAUUCCAGUUCAGUUACAGGAUCUGUGCAAGAUAAGGUAAUCGGAGUCUACUCUGAUUUCACUUCUGCAGUUGAUGAACAAUUCUUUACAGAAGAAAGGAUGACUAGAAUUUUUUAUGAUGGCUCAUAUGAACCCAACAAGGAGCUAACUAAGGGUAUGGAACUUGGUGGUUCUGGUGUUCUAGAAAUCUCGAAUGAGGCUUAUGAGUUGGAUAAGAUUUAUGCUACUACCCCAAGUAGCCCGUCUAAACUCAUUGAUACUGAAACCACUGAGAAAACUGAGCUAAGCCUUUCAUUUGUUAAUCAUCAUAUGGAACCCUGCAGAGAAUAUAAUCAAGUGGAAGAUGGUGCAAAAUUUCAGUCUGUUAUAGAUAAAACAUUUGCACAUGGUUAUCUGAAAGAAGCUAGCCCUUUUGAAAUUGGUUUACCCCCUUCAUGCUUCAACUACAGAACACAUGAACAUCAAAGUAGUCUUCAUGUGCCUAACCCUGAAGGGGACUGGAAUGGAACCAGAGGAACUUCUGGCCAAGACUUUAUGGUUGGUUUUGAGAACAACUCACAGUUUGGUGGAUAUGCCAAAGUUGAUGGCUCUAGCGGACCUCAUCUUGAACAUGUGGUUCAAGGUGCUCCAUGUCCUCAGAUGCCAUCAUCAAGCUAUUUUAACUCUUGUGGCCUAAUAUCAGACAAGGAUAAAGAAGGUUUAUUUAGCAUGAACAGCUAUGAUAUUCGUACCGACAUGUCGAGCCCAGCUGGAUUCAAUCCUGUAGAAUAUAGUUUUAUGGGAGAGCAGAGUUCAAGUUCCUUGCCUGAAGAAUCCAAGGUUUUCUCAUCAAAUGUGGACAUGAAACAAGGGUUAGAUCCUGGGUUUUGGCUAGGAAAGGAUGAUUUAACAUCAAGUGCAACUAAUAAUAUCAAUCAUGUUACAUUAGUGUGCGUCUGGUGUAGAAACGUGUUUUUUCAAGACGCACGCCAAGCUGGCAACCAAACAGGCGAGAUAGGUACUAUGUGUCCAUCGUGCAGUUCAAGAAUUCCGGCAACUGGUUUGUAAUUCUUGUUUUUUCGUUUUUCUCUUCCCAGCAAGAACCAAAAAUGCAUAAUUUCUUCGUUUAGGGAUUAAUGAAAAAGACAAUAGAAAGAAUCGAUAGACAGCAGUAUUUUUGUGGUUGCAAUUUUUUACAUAAUUAGUCAAAUUCUAGUUCUCCGUGGUUUUGACAACCCCUAACAUUAUUAUGAUUUGUGUUGGCUUCCGUUAAAG